AUGCCCAGCCAUGGACUCAUCUACAGUGGCCAAGACAUCCUCCUUUGUGAACUGUGUCAAACAGCUGCAUUACAGAGUCAUUGUGAACUUUGUCAUGUAAAUCUCUGUAUAGUCUGUGUUGGAAAACAUCUCUCUGAUUCAUCUAAAAGACACAAUGUUGUUCCAUACAAACACAAAACUUCUACUCCUAACAAUCCAAUAUGCCCAAUUCACGCCCAUAAACAUUGUGAACUUUUCUGUGAGAAAUGUGACAUUCCUGUCUGUUCUACAUGCCUUUCCUCCAGAAAACAUAAAGGACAUGAUUUAUCAGAUGUUCUACAAAAAAUGAAUUCCAAGACGAAAGAUGUAGAAAAAGACUUGGAAGAACUAGAGAAAAGAAUCUAUCCUACUUAUAGAAAAAUUGCAGCAGAUUUAAAGUCUGAAAAAGUUAACGUUGAAGAACAUUACGCGGAGCUUACAACAGCAGUCAAUAAACAAGGAGAAGACUUGCACAAAGAAAUUAACAACCUUGUCUUCAAAAGAAAAUCUGAAAUAGAAGAAAUGAAAGUUAAACAUCUCACUAUUCUAAAUAAACAGGAGAAUGAAAUUAAAGGAAACACUGCUAAUGUAUUAAAGACUAUUCUUCAGCUGAAAAAAACACUGGCUUCCGAUAAUAAUCUCCUAGCAUCUUCAUACGAAUCCAGAAAUUUUGAAUUCAGAAAUUUACUUUCUACAGUAACCAUUUCAUUACCAAAUAUUUCUUUUCCUCAGAUCAACAAUGAAAAGCUUAAUGAAAUGCUUGGUUUUCUGACAGCAUCGUCAAUUGAAUUAGCAAAACAUGGUUACACAAUGAAAACAGUAGAUGCUGUAUCUUGUCCUCUGGUCAAACCACUGCUUGAGGAACCGGAGCUCAUCACCACCUUAGACACUGGCUACGAUGAAUUAAACAGUGUUAUUUAUCUCGGUAAAAAUAAAAUAUGGACAUGUGGGAAUAACAAAACAAUGAAACUCUUUAACCUCCAGGGGAAACGACUAAUGUCCAUUAAAACCAACUCAAGGAAUACACCAUAUGCCAUAGCAGUAACAGGAAGUGGAGAUCUAGCUUACACUGAUUAUGAGAAACAAACCAUUCAUUUUGAUAGUGAAGGUAAACCCCUGUUUUCAUAUGGUUUCUUCAGUAAAUACAUCUGUGAGAACAGAAACUUGGAUAUCUGUGUGACUGACUGUGAUGCCGCUUCAGUAGUGGUGGUUAAUAAGGCAGGGAAACUCCGAUUUAGAUACACUGGUAAUUCCUCUACUGAAAAGGAAUCAUUCUAUCCAUUUGGCAUCACAACAGACAGCCAGAGUCAAAUUCUGACAGCAGAUUUUGUCAACCACUGCAUUCACAUCCUUGACCAGGACGGACAGUUCCUCUCUUACAUUGAUAACUGUGAUCUAUCCUAUCCCUGGAGUUUGUGUGUAGACAACAGAGAUAACCUCUUUUUGACUGAGUAUGGUAUUGAUACGGUAAAGAAAAUCAAAUACAUGUAA